AUGAGCGAAAAGGUUGAUGUGCUACUUUUUGGCCUCGGAGCUAUUGGCUCAUUCUACGCAUACGUCCUCAGCAAGUCAGAUAACGUCCGCCUGACCGUUGUCGCGCGCUCAAAUUACGAUGCCGUCAAAAGCAAUGGCCUCACCAUCAACAGCGAAGUGUACGGGUCGCAUACUUACCGCCCUUAUAAAGUCGUCAGAACCCCUGCAGAAGCACAACAGACAUUCGACUACGUGGUGUGCGCGCACAAAGCCAUUGCGCAGAGUACCGUAUCCGUACAGUUGGCACCGGCUGUGGAUGCAAUGAAAACUACUCUCGUAAUUAUCCAAAACGGAGUUGGCAACGAAGAACCCUUCCGUAACACCUUUCCAGACAACACGAUCAUCACCUGCGUGACCUGGGUCGGUGCUCUCCAGACUUCCCCUGGGGUUAUCAAACACACCAGAUCCGAACAUACUCAGCUCGGGCUCUUCCCUAACCCAAAGCUCGACAAGAGCGUAGAACAAGGUCGUCUAGACACGUUUACGGUGCUGCUGAAAGUAGGCGGGACGCCGUUCAAUGUGGAGGGAAAUAUGCAAGUCAAGCGCUGGGAAAAAGUCGUCUGGAACGCGGCGUGGAAUUCAGUUACCACCCUGACCCUCCUUGACACGCAAUCGUGGCUCAAGUCCGAGAACGGGAACGCUUUGACCCGUCAAUUGAUGAAGGAAGUCAUUGAUGUCGCAGGGAAGUGUGAUGUGCCGUUAUCAUACAACCUCAUCGACGAACUCAUUGACAAAAUAUUGAAGAUGCCGGGGAUACACAGUAGUAUGCACGCGGACCGCGUUGCAGGGAGGCAGAUGGAGGUGGAGAUCAUUCUGGGCACCCCAGUGAGGAAGGCGAAGGAGUUUGGGAUAGCUGUGCCUGUUAUUACCACCGUCUACACGCUACUUACUGGAUUGAACAUGUAUUUAGAGCAGGAAUCAAGUUCGCACAGAGCGGAAGUGUAG